AUGUCCAAGGGCCCUCCAAGGUGCAUGACACAAACGGAGAAGUGCACACGAUGUCGCUUCUUUCUUGGGUCGCGAAAGACCGCAGACGGCGGCUUUGUGCCGCUUGGUGAUCUGCCGAGAAAGGGGGAUGGUGCACGGAUUGCCAAACUAGUGGUUCUCAGCUCAAGCUGUUCCAAUGGCCUCUCUCCCCAAGAAUCGCCAUGGUGCCGAUCAUCCCUCCAGGUCUGGGUAUUUGCCAGUUCUCCCCUGGCGAUGAGAUACGCUCGUUCUAUUGGUUUGGCCCUGGGGAACUCUCAGAAAAAAUGA